AUGUACGACCUGGUCGUUUCUCAAAUGGGCGAGAACACGUUGGCAAAGCUUGCCAUUCCUGUCGAGGUGGUACCGGAACCGGAUCUUCGCCCGAAAAUGUAUUCCAUAAUCAGAUGGACGAGUAUCGAGAAACGCGCGAGAAAAAUUCCGAGCAUCGUUUACAACUUGGUUUCCCUAACACCGUCGAUGGAGGUUUCUCACACGUUCGAGGAGUCGAACAACACGAGCGAGUUGAGCGUGCAAGUUGAGAGCAACGUUAAGAAAAAUCGAAGAAGGAGGAGAAAUCCGUCGGGCAGGGAGAUGGAGGUGCAAAAAUCAACGAGCAAGGAGAACGAAUCAUUGACGGUGUCGAAGAGCAAGGACGUGAACUUGUGCUUAGCACCGGAAACGAUGGUGGAGGAGCCGUUGAAGUCACGAUGGAUAUUGCUACCGGGCGAAUGUCGGAGGUUCAAGAUCCGAUUCCAACCGGAGGAAACGGGCCGCUACGAGGAAACGUACGCCGUGACGAUAGCCGAGGGAAAUUUCAUCACUUACGAUAUAAACGUUAUCGGUGUAGCGGACUUGCCGAUGCUCGACAUGAAUCCUGAUACUAUUUUCGCGAAGACUAUGGCCGCUAAAUUGCACGUUACAGACAAUUCCAUAUACUUUUACGACACGGAGCUCUACGAUUUCGGACCCCAGCUGCUUUUCCAUCAAGAUCAAAAGCCGCACUAUCGAAAAGCUCGGCUCAAGUUUUGCAACAUUUCCAAAGUGCCGGUCGAAGUUUUCUUCUCGCUCUCCGAAAACGACUGCUUUUCCAUCGAGCCGCAGAUGCUUUAUAUCGACCAAGGCGAUUGCGCGACGUUGAUCCUGACAUCCGUCGCGACCAGGCUCGGGAUCAUCAAAACGAAACUGUUACUGUGCAUCACCAACAACCCGAAAGUCGAAAUUCUCGUGUUUCAAACCGAGGGCACUAAAUUGGAUAUCGAACUGGACGGGAAAAAUAUGUUUUUCGGUCGCACGCUACUCUAUCGAACGGAGUACAGGAUACUGACGAUUAUAAACAAUACUCCGGUGCCGUUCUUCUGGUUCUUGGAACUCGAGGAGCCCAUUUAUUCUCAAAUAUCGUUCACACCUGUCCAAGGAAAUAUCGAUGCCCACAGUAAACAAGAAGUCGAAUUCCAGUACAACGCAAUGACGAUCGGCAUGGUCGACAAGAAAAUAGUGAAGUUCAAAGCGUUUCUAGCCAAAGAAGACCCCGAUGCUGUUUAUACGGAAGUUAUCCUAGUGUCAGGCGAGACUUACGAUGUUACAGUGGACAUCAACGACGCGAAUCCUAUCGAUUUCAAAAGUAUAAAAGCGGAAUUCCCCACGAAAGCUACGUUCAGCAUGAAAAAUCGUGGCAACUCAGAGGUGAAAUACGUAAUAACGUUGCAAGAGAAAGACAAGCUGAACGAAUUAAAUCUGCCUCCUAAUUUCAAGAAGAACGUCGAAAUCGAGUCGUGCAGUGGAACCAUUUUGCCGCAUGUGGAGAGAAUGGUAGAGCUAACAAUACUUCCGAAGAUGGAGUUGACGCUCAAGGAAGUUCCGAUAUUAUUAUGCACUUUGAUCGACAUGCAGAAGAAAAUUACGAUAAUCGCCGAGAUCCCUUUAAGAGUUUCCCUCGUUUCGUUUUACACGAGAUUUCGCGUUCACCCGUUCCCGGUGGUGAACUUUGGAACGUUGCCCAUAUGCACGGAGAAAACGAUGUACAUCAACAUCGAGAACACGGGAAAAUUUCCAUUGCACUAUUUCUUCCGAUUAGUGGAACACCCAUCCGUGAUGUACAUGACGAAACUGUGGCCAUUAGAGAUUGAAAAGAAAAAACCGAUUAUAACCGAGGUGCUAGUGAAAAAGAAAAAACCAAUCAAAAACAUGAAAAAUGAUAAGUCUCUGUUGGAACCGGAAAAAGUAGUAUUGGGACCGAUGACGAUAACGAAGAUGGAGGGUGAUGUGAACGUUGGCGAAAUGGACAGUGUCGCCAUUAUUUGUUAUCCGGAAUUCGUGGGCUCCCAAGACGAGCAGAUCGUGCUUAUCGUUCCCGAUACCAUCCCCGAGGAGAAAGACGGGAAGAUAAUCACUUUAUCCGUGACCUCGUCCAUGCCUUGCAUCGAUUUCGAAAACUUCGACAUGAUAUUUCGCGAAAACCACAUGAUCGAAAGAAUUCAAGACUUCGAUUGUGCCUUCGAUAUCGGCCCGCACACCGUGUUCGCGCGUCAAGAGAAGUGUCUCUACUUCCGGUAUAUCUGCGUGCAGAGUACUCACACGGCUUGUUUCAAGUUGUUCAAUUACGGUAUAGUGCCCGUGAACAUAAGCAUCGAGCUCAUAGAGGACUCGUUGCUACCCGAUAAGACAAAGUUCGACGUGUUCGUGAUAGAUCCGAUGUACGCACAGAUCCUUCCCAUGAAUCAAAAAAUAUUCACCGUGUCCUUCACUCCGAGCACCAUACAGACGUUUCACGCGCAAUUUCACGCAAGAGUUGUUUUGCCCUCGCAUCUGGAAGCGGACGAGUUGACGGUGAAUUUGAUAGGGGAAUCUUGCGUGCCGGAAGUGGCGAUCACAGAGCCGAUCCAUGCAAUGCGGGAAACACCCUGCUUGACCUUUCCACGCACGUUGAUCGACGAAGGCAGUUACAAAUAUUUCACAUUCGAAAACACCGGAUACGUCAAGGCGAAAGUGCUCGUUGAAAUCGUGGACGAUCCGAGCAACGUGUUCACUUUCUUCCCUUCCCCGGAGACGCAGCAUUUAUUGCUAGUUUCGGAGGAGUAUUGCAACGAGCCGUACGAUCGAUGCACGGUGGUACGCUUGGGGAUCAAAAACGUGGCUCGUUUUAAAACAACGUUUGCGCCCGAAAGAAUUGGAAAGUUCUACGGGAAAAUUCGUUUGCACGUGAUCGAUAAUCCUUACGAGAAUCUAACGAUCAAUCUGGAGGGGGAUUGUUACGUGGAGGCGGUCGUGUUGGAAGGCCUUCCCCUCGAUGAUAAUAAAGUCAGAAUCUCGAAUCUGGGCAAUCGAGAAUCUUUGAACAGGCGGAAAUUAACGUCUAGGCAGGCCUCCUUGUUGUCGGAGUCGAACAAUACGUCGGUGUACCUGCCGUAUCUCACCUAUGUUCUCGACUACGGGCUUUGUUUCGUUAGUAAAAUGUAUAAAAAAACAUUUAAGAUCAUCAAUAAAACGACGGAUCGAUGGUUUCGUUUCCAAUGGGGUUUGCAUAACCACGUUGUGUUCGAGCCCUCUACCGGACAUAUAAAGUAUCUCACGUUCAAAGAGAUCAUCGUUACUUUCUUGGCAACGGAGCCGAAAACCCACCAGAACACUCCUAUCGAGUGUUUGAUAUGCGAAAUAUUGGUAGAGAAUCCGGACGAUGAAAUUGCAUGGGACGACAGGCAAACGGAGGUGCAUUGGAAGAAGAUAUAUCGCGACGCAUCGGCGAAUGACGACUUGUUGAAGAAGAUGGUGGAACCGACCAAUGAGUCGAUGCACAACAUCGUUCCUGGAACGACGAAAAUCCUCCAACUCCUGUUAAACGCCAAUGUUGCGUAUUCCGAGUACUCGUGCAUUGUCGAAGAGGUAUUUUUCAAAGAUACCUUGAUGUAUCAGACCAGGGAGUAUACGUUCACCUUAACGAAUCCGGGUGUCGUGAACACGAUAUACGUAUGGAAGAUAAACAUGGACGAGCAGUAUCCCAAGAGAUACUUAGGGGACAAUUCGAACGUGAAUUCGAGGCAGAAAAUGUCAGAGUCAUCCAGUCACGUUUCAAAAUCGUUCGGAAGAACAUUGUCCGCAACGAGUCAAAGAAACUAUUACGAGGACGACGUGAGCGUGAACGACUCCAAGUAUUUGUCACCACAAUGCACCUCGUUCGUUACUGACAGCAUGGAUAUGAAAGGCAUGAGCACGACCAGGCCAUCGGAUCUGUUCAGCAGCACCGCCGAAUUGUCGGGAAGAACCACCGACAGUUGGCUGGAAGGCGACGAUUUGCCGUUCGCGAUCCACCCUGAGAUGGGGACGAUACCGCCCGGAAAAUCUGAGGAAUGUACAUUAAAAUUCUCCCCCAAGGAUGUAUUUUAUUACAAGGCAUACCUUACGUGCAAGAUAGAGAAUCUGAAUCCGCAUCUGCCGAUCUUGAUGAUCCCAGUCAUGGCAAGAAGUUUGUUACCGUAUUGUCACUUCGACGUGCAGGAGAGCGACUACGUGUCGAGCGGGAGGCGUGACGCGCAUCUACCUGGCCCCGUUGGAUACGAAAUAGACGAUCCAGAUCUAUGGCGGAACAUCAGGGUAAUCGAAUUUAACGCGAUCGGCAUUGGCGAAACCUACGUGAGAAAAUUCCACCUGGUCAAUCCUACUGUGGACGAUUACCAUUUCUCGUGGAAGAAUCGAACCCGUCCUAACGGGAUCGAGAUAUCGAAUUUUUACUGCGCGGUGACCGAGGGCAUCGCUGAACGCGGGAAACGUACCGACAUGUCUUUCACGUUUUUGGCAAACGAUAUCGGCGUCUUCGAAACGUUCUGGCUCUUCUCCAUCGAGAGAUACAAUCUGGAAUGCCUUUUCCUCGUAGUCGGCAUCGUGACCGAACCGUCGGUGUACUGUCUCACCACACACGUGAAACUGAAGCCAACAAUCUUGGGACUCAGUAUAAGAGAAUCGAUAAAAUUGCUGAACAACGAGAAUUUCCAUAUACCAUUCAGAGUGUUGGAAGAAUCCCUUUAUUCGGAGGGUAAAUUUCAAAAGGUCAGCGUCACCCCAAUGACAGGAACCCUCGUGUCCAAGUGCGAACAGCAUCUCUGGGUCGAGUACUAUCCAACCCAGGUCGGUGAGUUCAAAUUUUACAUUCAAUGCGCCGUGAAUCUGAUGAAAACCCCGAUUAACAUAUUCGUGAACGCCUUGGUUUACGAUAUCUCGCUCUCGAUUUCCUACUGCUUACCAAACAGCGAACCCGUGACAGCUAUUAAGAAUAAGGAGAACGUUAUCGACUUUGGCAAGAUAAUACCCGAAAUACCGGUCACCGUCAAAUUCGACAUAAAGAAUACCUGCCAAGUGGCGUUCUAUUACUCUUGGGAGCUCAGCAUCACGCCAGAAAUUUUGUACAAAAAUUCGUACGAAAUAACGAUGUCUCAGAAACAAGGUCAUCUAAUCAGCAAGAAUGCGUGUGUCUGUUACUUGACUUUGACAACGUUUCAGAAAAUUCACAUAAAAAAUCAUUGCGUUUUGCUGAAAAUUUCCAGCGGUCCCACAUAUAAAUUUAUACUGAAAGCGUUCUCCAAGAGGCCUGCUAUCGAAUUCAGUUUCAAUCGUUACGAUUUUGGAUAUUGUUACAUUCACGAGAGCAAAUUGGUUUCAUACAAGACGGAGCUUACCGUGACAAACACCGAAGACAUACCUUAUGUACUCGAAUGCACGUACGAGAACAAACCCCACCUCUCCAUCGAUUUGAAUUUCAUGUCCGAAGCGCUGGCCGCCCACUCUAAGAUCGUCAUACCGAUCACUUUUCAACCAUUUAAGGAGAUAAAGUAUAACGAAUGUUUGGUGUUUGUGAUCAACUCGCAUCACGAGAGAAGAGUAACGAUUACAGGCGAGGGGAUCGCCUAUAAAGUAAAUUAUGAAAACUUUCGUGUAUAUAGAUAAG